UAGAUUUCGCGUUUCAUCGCCUUCUUCACUUCUCCAGAGCUUAAUAAAAGAGUAAGAAAGUAUCCUUUCUUUUUCCUGUUGAAAACCAGGGUCUCAUCCUGCAAACCUCUUGCUCGUUAUAACUCUUUCCUCUGCCCAAACGUCUUGAUUCAUGAAUGGAGAUUGGAGAUAGUAUCUAGACUGGAAAAGAAAAGAUACGGAGCCCUUUAGGCCUGUUUAGUCAUUAGUGUACGCAAGAAGCGAACUUUGUUUGUGGGCAAUUCCAUUUUUCGAGUUCACUUGAUCAAAAAGUUGAUGUGUUUUGUCUUUGCCUUUGCUAGUAGAGCCCAUUGUAUUGUCUCAGACAGAUUAAAGGGUGCAUUUAUUGGUGGAUAGCCAUAGAUUGGAAGAGUGGUGAAAGAAAGAUCUCUGCUGGUGAAAAUUGUUGAAGGGCAUUUACUACUUUCCUGGCUGGUCUCUGACUGACCUUGGAAAACAACUUUCUGAGAAGUAGUGACCGCCGACUGAAAUCUGUACAAAUAAUACAGCACUGACCUCUGCCACUGUCCUAGAAAAAGCUGUAUUUACAGGACUUAUUUGGCCUAAAGUGGUGAUACACCCCUCCAAGAGCUGAAGAGUUUCAGAGAAGGGAAAAAGCAAUGGUGCCACAGAAACAAGCUGAAGAAGCUAUUGUCGCUGGGGACGUAAGUGUGAAUGACGGAACUGACGGAGGAGAGGAAGGAAGAGUAGAUCAUGAGCCUAUCCAUAGGUUCAAAAGCUUAUUCUGGCAUGGAGGCUCUGUUUAUGAUGCUUGGUUCAGCUGCGCCUCAAAUCAGGUGGCACAGGUUCUAUUGACUUUGCCAUACUCUUUCUCCCAACUGGGAAUGCUUUCAGGAGUUAUUCUGCAGGUAUUUUAUGGUUUGUUAGGCAGCUGGACUGCUUAUCUGAUCAGUGUCCUCUAUGUUGAGUACCGGACCAGAAAGGAGAAGGAGAAUGUCAGCUUCAAAAACCAUGUUAUUCAGUGGUACGAGGUGUUGGAUGGUUUAUUGGGUCCACAAUGGAAAGCUGUUGGAUUAGCUUUUAAUUGCACUUUCCUCCUGUUUGGUUCUGUUAUACAGCUUAUAGCUUGUGCAAGCAAUAUAUAUUACAUUAAUGAUCGAUUGGACAAGAGAACAUGGACAUACAUAUUUGGGGCGUGUUGUGCAACUACCGUGUUCAUCCCCUCGUUUCACAACUACAGGAUUUGGUCAUUUUUGGGUCUGGGCAUGACCACUUUUACUGCAUGGUACCUGGCUAUUGCGGCCCUUAUUCAUGGCCAGGUUGAUGGGGUAAAACAUUCUGGCCCAACAAAACUGGUAUUGUAUUUUACUGGUGCCACCAACGUACUUUACACUUUCGGUGGUCAUGCUGUCACUGUGGAGAUCAUGCAUGCAAUGUGGAAGCCGCGGAAAUUCAAGUACGUGUAUCUGUUUGCGACCAUCUACGUCUUCACACUAACAAUUCCAUCGGCUGCUGCUGUUUAUUGGGCCUUUGGUGACCAGCUCCUUGACCAUGCAAAUGCCUUCUCACUACUUCCUCGCACUGGUUUUCGUGAUGCAGCUGUUAUUCUAAUGCUAAUCCAUCAGUUCAUAACAUUUGGAUUUGCUUGCACCCCUCUGUAUUUUGUGUGGGAAAAAGUGGUAAGGAUGCACGACACAAAAAGCAUGUUUAAGGGCAUUGGUCAGGAUACCGUGGUAAUACCAAUUUGGUUCCUGGCCAUAAUAUUUCCCUUCUUUGGGCCAAUCAAUUCAGCUGUGGGAGCACUUUUAGUCAGCUUCACCGUCUACAUUAUCCCUUCUCUUGCACAUAUGCUUACUUACCGAAAGGCCUCAGCGCGGCAGAAUGCUGCAGAAAAGCCACCAUUCUUCCUACCGAGCUGGACCGCCAUGUUUGUUUUGAACACAUUCGUGGUGGGAUGGGUUUUCGUGGUUGGAUUUGGAUUCGGAGGGUGGGCAAGCAUGAGCAACUUCAUCAAUCAGGUUGAUUCAUUUGGUCUGUUUGCGAAAUGCUAUCAGUGCAAGCCUCCUGCACAUCAUCACUGAGUCGGGAUGCAAUUAGCAUCAUACUAACCACCUCGCAAUGUCCACUUGUGUGCGGUGUGCUGUUGUUUCUCCCAAUAUUUUUGUUCAGCAUAUAUAUGAUCGAUGCACUAGUCUCUAGUACUGGAUGCUUGUUGAUAAUUUUUUAGGCUCAAACGCAAAAUAGCCAAGUCUCUAUUAGUAGUAAUAUCAUCAUUUAUCACAUAGUAUGUAAUAGAUUUUGUUAAAUUCUGAAGCUUGUACGACUAGGUUCUACAGG